GGAGGUAUACACACUGCACACCACACACACUCUCUCUCUCACACACACUCUCUCACACACAAGCUGGCUCACGUAGCCACAUUUUCUCAGGCUGCUCCUGCAGACUGACAGCAGAAGACGUAGGAGGAGAGAACAGAAGGAGAGUGAGAAAAGGAAACAAGGGAAAUAUCAACCGAGCCAGAAGAGGAGAGUCAAGCAGCACUUAUCCUUUUUCUUCAACCACUCAGCAUUAAAUUAAAACACAGGGAAUUUAAAACUCUUUGUUAAUCUGUAACUGAACAGGGGCUGCUCUGCUCUGUUCUGCUGAGAGGGACCCGCUCUGCUGAGGAACCUGCUCUGCUGAGGAACCUGCUCUGCUGAGGAACCUGUUCUGCUGAGGAACCUGCUCUGCUGAGGGACCUGUUCUGCUGAGGAACCCGCUCUGCUGAGGAACCUGCUCUGCUGAGGGACCUGCUCUGCUGAGGAACCUGCUCUGCUGAGGGACCUGCUCUGCUGAGGAACCUGCUCUGCUGAGGGACCUGCUCUGCUGAGGAACCUGCUCUGCUGAGGGACCUGCUCAUUCUCCAGGACUAUGGCACCACAUCUGAGACAUGGAUUCUCGGUCUCUCUUUCACAGCGCCGGUGUCUCCUCCUCCAUUCUCUCCUCUCCGUCUAUUUCCUGACUGUUGCAGGGUUCAACCUGGAUACUAGCAUGACUCUGACCAAGGAGGGGGAGACCGGCAGCUUUUUUGGAUUCUCUUUAGCGCUUCACCAGCAACUCACACCAGAACCACACAGUUGGAUCCUGGUGGGGGCGCCGCGGGCCAGAGGACUGGGCAUGAUGCAGAGGAAGCGCCCUGGCGCUCUUUACCGCUGUCCAAUCACAGGCGAGGAGUUUGACUGCGAGCGCGUGGACAUCGAUGGAGACGUAAACCUCGACUGGGAAAGCAAGGACAACCAGUGGCUAGGAGUAACAGUCAAGAGCCAGGGGAUUGGAGGAAAGGUGGUGACUUGUGCCCAUCUGUACGAGCUGCGUCAGCGCGUGGGCCUGCCGUCGGAGACGCGGGACCCCAUCGGGCGUUGCUACGUGCUCAGUGAGGACCUGACCGAGAGGGAUGACCUAGAUGGAGGGGAGUGGAAGUUCUGUGAGGGGCGACCCCAGGGACACGAACAGUUUGGCUUCUGUCAGCAGGGUCUGUCUGCCGCCUUCACACCCGACAACCAAUUUAUCAUGUUCGGAGCUCCUGGAACGUACAACUGGAAAGGAGAGAUGCGCGUCCAGCUACUAAAUCAGACUUUACUGGAUCUGGGUUUCUAUGACGACGGGCCCUAUGAAGUGGCGGAUGAGAAACAGCUGAAUGCUCAGCUGAUCCCUGUUCCCUACCAUAGUUACCUGGGCUUCUCAGUGGACUCUGCUCAAGGCAUAAUGAGUCGUGGUGAGCUGACCUUCGUGGCGGGGGCUCCGAGAGCCAAUCACACGGGGGCGGUGGUGCUGUUGCGUAAAGAUAACAUGUACCGCCUGGUGCCACAGCACAUCCUGUGGGGAGAGGAGCUGGCUUCUUCCUUCGGGUACUCUGUGGCUACGGCUGAUCUCAACAGUGACGGCUGGACAGACCUGAUAGUGGGAGCUCCUAACUACUUUGACCGAAAAGCAGAGAUCGGAGGUGCUGUGUACAUCUUUCUCAAUCCAUUCGGUAACUGGGAAUAUGCUCAGCCAAUCAGGCUCAAUGGAACCUAUGACUCCAUGUUUGGAUUGACCGUCAACAACGUGGGAGACUUGGACAGGGACGGAUAUGACGACAUCGCUGUGGGGGCUCCGUUCGAUGGGGAUGGCAAAGUGUUUAUCUACCGAGGCUUGUCAUCAGGCAUCGACACCAAGCCUGCACAGAUCCUGGAUGGAGUGGACGAGGGGGUGAAGAGGUUCGGCUACUCCAUCUCAGGAGGUCUGGACAUCGAUGGGAACCUGUACCCUGACCUGGCAGUAGGCUCUCUCGGUGAUAAGCUAGUUCUGUACAGGUCUCGUCCGGUCAUUCACGUGACCCGGGAUGUAUCCAUCGAACCUCAGCAGUAUAUUGACUUGGAGCAACACAACUGCAAGGGGAGAGAUGGAGUGUGUGUGGAGGUCAAAGCCUGCUUCACCUAUACUGCUUACCCAGAGACCUACUCACCAGACAUCACCCUGGUCCUACUCAUCGAGGCUGACACAGAGCGCAGGAAGCUCGGCCUGCCCCACCGUGUUAGCUUCCUGGGUCGCAGUGCAAAGGCGGCGGAGUAUACACACACUGACGAGGUGGAGCUGAAAGGUCAACGCCAUCCCGCCUGCCAGAGCGCCACCUUCCAACUAAACGAGAAUAUCCGUGAUAAGCUGCGUCCCAUCUCUCUGGCCAUCACCCACACCAUCAGACCCCCCAUGUUCUCCUCAGAAACUAACCCAGAGGAACGAGACACACUACCUCCUGUACUGAGUGUUUCCACCUCCAACACCCUGCACUCUGAGGUGAAUUUCCUGAGGGAAGGCUGUGGCGAUGAUAAGAUCUGUCAGAGCAACCUGAAGUUGACCUACCAGUUUGGAACCCGACCUUCCACCUCUGACCUCUUCACCCCUCUGCCAAGGGAUGAUGAAGCAGUGGCGGUGUUUUCUCUGUCUGACCAGAGGUCUGUGGUGUUGGAGGUGACCGUCACCAACAUGCCCUCAGACCCUCUGUCCCCAGAGGAGGAUGGAGAUGAUGCCCAUGCUGCCCAGCUACUGGUGACCCUGCCAGACACCCUGUCCUACUCUGGCUUCAGGGGACAACAGGUGGUGUGCCAGGCCAAUCAGAACGGGUCUCAGGCGGAGUGCGAGCUGGGAAACCCCCUGAAGAGAGAUGCUAUACUGAAAUUCUACAUCAUCCUCAGCACGUCUGCUAUCACCAUAGAGACCACGGAACUCACUGUCAACCUCCUGUUGGCUACCAUCAGUGAACAGCGAGACCUGACGACAGUCACAGCCGUGGCUAAAAUCAUCAUAGAGCUCCCCCUGGCGGUCAGUGUGCUGGCCAGACCACACCAGCUGUUCUUCAGUGGGGCCGUAAAGGGGGAGAGUGCCAUGGAGACCCUGGACGAUGUGGGGAGUGCUGUGGAGUUUGAGUUUACGGUGACCAACACCGGGCCGUCCCUGCAGACUCUAGGCUCCGCCUUCCUCAACAUCAUGUGGCCUCACGAGCUGUCCAAUGGGAAGUGGCUCCUGUACCCCACUGCUCUCCACUUCCAUGGCCAUCCAGAAACACCCUGUACCCCCCACACCUCCCUCAACCCACGCAAGUUCUCCCACAGUUCUCCUUCUGACGACCAGCCACAGGCAGCAGGCCUGAAGGUCAGGAGGAAGGGGCGUUCCAACCCAGAAGAGGAGGGCCAUGUGAUGACCAAGGGCAGUCUGGGUAGGACUACGCCUGCUGUGGCUGCCUCAGAGAGACGCAAGUCACUCAAACUGGACUGUCUGCUGGGUUCAGCGCGCUGUGUGCUGUUCCAGUGUCCUCUCCACAGCUUCUCUGACUCGGCUGUCCUCAAGAUCCAGGGACGCCUUUGGAACAGCACCUUUCUGGAGGAGUUCCCAUCAGUCAGUGCUCUGGAGCUGCUGGUUAGAGCCAACAUCACAGUCAAGUCCAGCAUCAAACACCUGGUGCUGAGGGAUGCUGCUGCACAGAUCCCAGUGAUGAUUUACCCAGAGGUUGGUCUGACUGCCCAGUACUGGAUCCCCUGGUGGUGGAUUCUCAUAGCCAUCCUGGCUGGUAUCCUGGUGCUGUCUCUGCUGGUGUGCAUCCUCUGGAAGUGUGGUUUCUUCCGUCGGGUCCAGUAUGAAGACAAAGUUCCUCAGUACCAUGCAGUGAAGAUCCCCCGUCAAGACCGGCCCCAGUUCCAGCAGAAGGCAGGGAUCCUCCAGAAGAAGGAGUGGGCCACACACUGGAGCGACGGAAGCUCCUGAACAGCAUCAACAAACGAGGACUAGAAUAGCAGCAAACACCCAUUCAACCCUAUGGCACUCACUAACUCUGCAGUGGAACAAACGUGUGCAGACUGACCGUGUCACAACACUGUUGUGCACAUUGAGGCUAUGUCCCGAUUCAUCACCCUUCUUCUGAAGUGUGCACACUUCCCAUCAUGGAUUUAUCAAUGGUGAAAAUUCUACUGUAUUCUACUGUAUUCUACUGUAUUGUACUUUUAGAAUGACUGGAUCAAUAUCUAUCUGACUGACUGACUAUCUGACUGACUGACUAUCUGACUGACUGACUGACUAUCUGACUGAUUAUCUGACUGACUAUCUGACUGACUGACUGUCUGACUGAUUAUCUGACUGACUGACUGACUAUCUGACUGAUUAUCUGACUGACUAUCUGACUGACUGACUGUCUGACUGAUUAUCUGACUGACUGACUAUCUGAAUGACAGAUUGACUGACUGACUGACUGACUAUCUGACUGACUGACUAUCUGACUGACUGACUAUCUGACUGACUGACUAUCUGACUGACUACUGAUUGACUGACUAUCUGAUUGACUGACUAUCUGAUUGACUGACUAUCUGAUUGACUGACUAUCUGACUGACUAUCUGACUGACUAUCUGACUGACUGACUAUCUGACUGACUGACUAUCUGACUGACUGACUGACUGACUGACUAUCUGACUGACUGACUAUCAAAUCAAAUCAAAUCAAAUUUAUUUAUAUAGCCCUUCGUACAUCAGCUGAUAUUUCAAAGUGCUGUACAGAAACCCAGCCUAAAACCCCAAACAAUAAGCAAUGCAGGUGUAGAAGCACCUAUCUGACUGACUGACUAUCUGACUGAUUAUCUGACUGACUAUCUGACUGACUGACUAUCUGACUGAUUAUCUGACUGACUAUCUGACUGACUGACUGUCUGACUGAUUAUCUGACAGACUGAUUGACUGACUGACUAUCUGACUGACUGAUUGACUGACUGACUGACUGACUAUCUGACUGACUGACUAUCUGACUGACUGACUACCUGACUGAUUAUCUGACUGACUAUCUGAAUGACUGACAGUCUGACUGAUUAUCUGAUUGACUGAUUGACUGACUGACUAUCUGACUGACUGAUUGACUGACUGACUGAUUAUCUGACUGACUGACUGAUUAUCUGACUGACUGACUGAUUAUCUGACUGACUGACUGAUUAUCUGACUGACUGACUUGCAUUGGUGUUUUUUACAGACUGUAAUACUGCACACAGAAUUCUGACUAGAUCAAUACCAAUCAGAUUGAUCAAUACAUAUUGAUAGACUGAACACUGACACUCAAAUGGACUUCUACUGCUGACAGGCAUCAAUAUUCACUGAUCUUUUCCGAUAGGCUAACAUACACACACACACACACACACACACACACACACACACACACACACACACACACACACACACACACACACACACACACACACACACACACACACGAACACACACUUAUUUCAAAGCCAAUGCCUAUGACUCGGACUGCUUCUUGUCAUAGCUACUGUACAGUAAGAUCGAAAAGGACAAAGAAAAACUAUGUUUAUAUAUUAUUGUUUAGCGUUUUAAUUUGAGUCACUGUAAUACUACUGUUGAUACAGCAGAAUGACAAUGAUCUGACAACACCAGCUCCCAUUUCGAUAAGACUGAUCAGAACACAUUAGUCUGUUGUCUUGUUGAAGUCCUUAGGGUCUUGUUCAUUAGGACACACCAUGGUAAAACGUUUUGCAACGGAAAACCAAAGCAAGUGUUUCUUACAAAGUUCAGAUUGUCCCUUUCUGUUUUCUUCCAUUUGAUACCUACUGAACACUGCCCAGCCUUCUGACUGUAGCGCUGCUAUGGCCAUAACGUUGGAAUUAGGUUGAAUUGAUUGUGUUGUGACUGUUUAGGCUGUAGUUUUGUUUUGUGUCGGUCGGCUGUGAGGAACAGCCAUUGAGGAAUUCACAAUAACAAUCCAUCACCUGAAUAAUGUUGAAGAAAACAACUUCAACGUACGAAACGACAAUAUCAACAGCUUCAGCUCAUGGUAGGAGAUAUUAGAUACAAACAAACAAAGUUUAUAAUUGUGGUUGAGUACCACAUUGUUCAGGUACUUCACAUAUCCCCCUGCAGACCCUUAGAUGUCCUCAAUAGUUUGAAACCUUUAUGGGAAAGAUGAUUGUAAAUAAUCAUUUAUUACAGUUUGUAUUUACAUAAAAGUGCCUUAUGGUUUAAUUCAAAAAGAUGAUACUUAACUUUGGAGCUACUGAAGGUUAACUAAAGGUUUAAUAAAGGUUAACUAAAGGUUUACUAAAGGUUUACUGAAGGUUUAAUAAAGGUUUACUGAAGGUUUACUGAAGGUUAACUAAAGGUUUACUGAAGGUUUACUGAAUGUUAACUAAAGGUUUACUGAAGGUUAACUAAAGGUUUACUGAAGGUUUACUGAAGGUUAACUAAAGGUUUACUGAAGGUUAACUAAAGGUUUAAUAAAGGUUUACUGAAGGUUAAGGUACAUAAUUUGCAGAGUGUUUCACGACACAGUUUAAAACCUUCAAGUAGGGCCUGGAGUUUUCUCUGGACUGGGUACUUGGUCUGGAGAAACUCCUGGCCCCAUCACCCCUGAAGUGAAUGGAUAUGAGAAGUUGAGCAGUGAGACUAUGGUGGCAUAUACAGUGCUGUACACACACUGAAUAUACAGCCCUGUACACAAUGAGAAUACAGCCCUGUACACAAUGAAUAUACGGCCCUGUACACACAAUGAAUAUACACAAUGAAUAUACACAAUGAAUAUACGGCCCUGUACACGCAAUUAAUAUACGUCCCUGUUGUCUACUGGGCCUAUGAGCAUGUAGAGUCUACUUUGUGAUUUAGAAAUUGCUGGACAAUCUUGUAAUAAAUGCAUUAAAGAAUA